UUUUGGACGCCCACCGUCAAUUAACGUUGGAUUCAAGACUUCCCCUCCAGAUCGCGGUUCCUUUCCUCUGGACCAUGACGGCGAGUGCAAGGAACAGAUGGUCCAAUACAUGAAUUGCUUGCGCAAGAAUUCUAGUGAAUCCACUUCGUGCAGAGUCAUGAGCAAACAAUACCUUGACUGCCGAAUGACCAAAGGACUUAUGGAGCGUGAUGAAUGGAAGAAUCUUGGGCUAGCCAACCUAGAGGGAGAUUCCGCCGGACCAACGCGCACUUCAUCCUGAAUGUAUCUACAACCGCUCGUGGCUCGACAAAGCCAAGAUGGUGGAAAAUAUUACGGUACUUGCGAAGACAUGCCUAGCCAUGAUGCAUGAGGUGUGAGUUGUAACGACUUGUAGUAGAACGAGGGUGCACCGAGGUCCGAGGUAUAUAUAACAGCGCCUAUAUUACGCCGUCGUAAAUUUACAUAAACAACGAUUCAAUAUACUUAGCGCACAACUUGGCUUCUUCUCCCGAC